CCUUCGUUCGAUACGGAGUAACAUUUUCUCUCACACUCGAGGCAUUUCAAAUGACUGCAGAAGUAUCUUAGAGACACAAUUGGCGAUUUGUCAUGAAUUUAAAAGUACAGUGCAAGUGAUCAAAAGCACACUUUCUCAGUGAAUCGAAGGCGAAUCGAGAUUUUUUUCUCUUUCCUUUUUUAAACUGUUGCUUAUUCAAGUGGAUUAAGAGUGUUCGCAAAGAAAGUGGAACACUUUCGGUGCAUUUUAUCUUCGUGGAAAUACUGCAUAGUUCAGUGAUCAUAUAUAUAUAUAUAUUCUAUAAGAAUUCGUCAUGACGCUGAUGCGACACUUUUGGACGGGACGAUGUUGGGCUUCCACGUCAGCGUCAGCUGGAAAGCCCAGCUCUUCAAGGCAAGGCUCACCGGCCUACUCCACCUGUCUUCACAUGGUCGACGGAGGAUCACCGUCGAUCACAUCCACUGAGGAUUGGGUCAAUGCAAAGCCAUACGAGCAAGUACCCGGGCCUCGACCCUUGCCACUCCUGGGCAACACUUGGAGACUCUUCCCUUUCGUGGGACAGUAUAAAAUCUCCGACAUUGCUCGCAUCUCAUACAUUCUGCACAGAGAUUACGGUCGAAUUGUACGGUUCAGUGGAUUAGUGGGACGCCCUGAUCUUCUGUUUGUCUACGAUGCCGAUGAAAUUGAAAAGUGUUACAGACACGAGGGGCCAACACCUUUCCGCCCAUCAAUGCCAUGUCUGGUGAAAUACAAGAGUGUCGUCAGAAAGGAUUUCUUCGGCGAUCUUCCAGGUGUUGUUGGCGUACACGGAGAGCCGUGGCGAGAGUUUCGAUCACGCGUCCAGAAGCCCGUCCUCCAGCUCUCCACUGUUAAGCGGUACGUCACGCCACUUGAGGAGGUGACAAAGGACUUCUUGGAUCGCUGCGAGCAACUGCUGGAUGCCAACAGUGAAUUGCCGCCGGAUUUCGACAAUGAGAUCCACAAGUGGUCUCUCGAGUGUAUCGGACGUGUGGCGUUGGACACCAGACUGGGGUGUCUGGAGCCGAACCUCGCGCCAGACUCUGAGCCGCAGCUUAUCAUCAAUGCCGCCAAGCACGCCCUGCGAAAUGUGGCUAUUCUGGAAUUGAAGAUGCCCUUCUGGAGGUACAUUCCGACGCCUCUCUGGACAAAAUACGUCAACAACAUGAACUUCUUCGUGGAAAUCUGCAUGAAGUACAUCCAGAAUGCCACUGAAAGGAUGAAGUCCGGAGGCGGCGGGAGCGUCAUGGAGGAGCCGUCGCUUCUGGAGCGCGUUCUCAAAGCGGAAAAUAACGAAAAAUUGGCCUGCAUAAUGGCUUUGGACUUAAUUCUCGUCGGAAUUGACACGAUUUCUAUGGCAGUCUGUUCGAUUCUGUACCAAAUCGCCACGAGACCAGCUGAGCAGGAAAAACUCCAUCAGGAGAUCAGGAAUGUCAUUCCGGAUCCUUCCGCUCCCCUAACUUAUCAACAUCUCGACAAAUUGAUCUAUCUGAAGGCCUUCAUUAAGGAGGUCUUCAGGGUCUACAGCACAGUGAUCGGGAACGGACGGACGUUGCAGGAGGAUGCCGUCAUAUGUGGCUACCGAAUUCCAAAGGGAGUUCAGAUGGUCUUCCCGACGAUCGUGACGGGAAACAUGGCGGAAUAUGUGAGCAAUUGCAACUCCUUUCAGCCUGAGAGGUGGCUUAAGGCCAAUCAGGGUGGCGUCGAAGGGAAACUGCAUCCCUUCGCUUCCCUGCCGUAUGGCUACGGAGCCAGGAUGUGCUUAGGUCGCAGAUUUGCCGAUCUCGAGAUGCAGAUAUUGUUGGCAAAGUUGCUGCGAAGCUACAAAUUGGAGUAUCACCAUGAACCACUAAAAUACGCCGUCACUUUCAUGUACGCCCCAGACGGCGAGCUCAAGUUCAAAAUGACCAAAAGAGAUAGCUAAACUUCACCCAAAUUGCCAACCAAAAUUAACAUCUCCACUCGAAAUAUUGUUUUUAUAUCAUGUGAAAAGAGCAGAUAUUGCAAAAUAUAUCACAUUGAGAAGGAAUUUGCCAACAUUCACUGUCAUUAUUAAGUAAUUCUUUUUUUUAGUU